AUGUCGAGCCUCGCUGUGAAGCGGGAAGACGAUGGAGGCGCAAGUGCCGAGUCUAAGAACUCGAGCGCUCCCUUGUUGAACAAGACACAACAAGACACAGGCUCACCUGCUGAGAGCGACGCAACUGCCAAACCGCGCAAGCGCGAUUUCUGGAAACUGGGCAAGAAGCCCGAAGAAAAGGAGCAGAAACCAAAGCAGGCACCGCCCGCGGAAUUCAAGCAUAGUACGGCUCCUCAGAUCGCCGGAUUGCGGCCAUCCUCCCCCUUCCGCAUGACAGAAUCCGUCGGCGGCUCAGCCUCACCACAUCGAGGCUCAAUUCCAUAUGCAUCACCAGGCUCUCCUGGGUAUGCUAUGACUGCAGGCGCCUCGCCGAGGCCACAUUCGCCUGCCUCGUCCAUGAUCUUUGAGCGGAACGUUCAGGAUGAGGCCCAUCCUCCCGAAAUAUCGCCGCAAAUCCCAUCUCAUGUCAUCACUGAGAACCACAUUCCACCUGCGCUGGACGCAUCUGCCGAGGCUAUCACUAACAGCAAGUUGGACGUGGACGAGGUUGAGAUCAUCACGCAUGCCACUCACCAACCUGCUGCGGUCACCAUUACUGGUGCAGCAGAGCACUCUAUGGCCUCGUCCACGGUGGAUGAGCUGCCGCCACCAGCCAAUACUCUUACACACCGCAUAUCAGAGCCAGGACACGAGGACGUAUCCAAUUAUGGCUCUCUCGACGCCAAUGAUGUGCGACGACUAUCUUUCAUCUCCUUUGCCGACGUUGUGCAUGGCGAACAAGAAGGCAUCACGAGUGAGCGCCGCGACUCGGCCGCAGUCACCGCUCUCUCAGGCCUAAACGCUCCGCGAUCGCCUUCGCCAAUGCGCUCGCCUGUCUCUUCGGCUGCAUACGGCACAUCGCCGCCCACAAGCAUCGCUACUAGCGCCAAGGGUUUCGAGGGAAGCCCAAAUAGAGGUAUUCGCGCGGCUGCCGGCAGCCCUCCACUUGCAGGGCAGACCAGUCCGCCGCUGACUGCUGAGCUGAACAUCGAGACCAUGCGUCAAGCUUUGCGACGCACUGGCAGUGGUGAUCUAAGUGGUGUCAGAUCAGCACCGCUGAGUGCUGUCGGAGAGGGCGAGGGCUUUGGAGACAAGGCUUUCAAAUAG